GACAGUGCGUGCAAGACACCUGAUGAUUGCAUCUGCCUCUCCCCACAGCUGCCAUGCGGAUCCCGCCGGUGGCCGUCUCGGCAUCCGUGCUGCUGCUGCUGGUGGCUGUGCAAGCGGCCCCGAAGGUGACCCCGGUGGUGAUGCUCACCAAGCCAAAGCCAAUCCAGCUGCCAGGCGCCGCCGUGCCCUCCCUCACCCCCAUCGCAGGGAAAAGCCCUGGCCCAGCAGCCCCGGGCAAAGCCCAGCUGCCCUCCUCCAGCCCCGCUUUCCAAGCGGCCACCACGCUCUUCCCAUUUGAGAACGACACGCUGGAUGCCGCCGACUUCUUCUUCAACUGCUGCGACUGCUGUCCCCCCAUUGCCGCGCCCCGGGGGCCGCCGGGCGAGCCGGGCCCUCCAGGUCCCAAGGGGGAGAAGGGAGAUGCUGGUCUGCAAGGUCUGCCGGGAGCUCCGGGACCUCAGGGUCCUAAAGGCUUUAAAGGAGAAAGAGGAGGCAAAGGGGAGCAGGGCGAGCGAGGAGCAAGUGGAAGCCCUGGUUAUCCAGGCAAGCCUGGGCUGCAAGGUGAAGCUGGCGUAAAAGGCAAUAAGGGCAACUACGGCUUCCCUGGACUGAAGGGGCAAAAGGGGUCCAAAGGGGACACUUGUGAGAAUGGCACCAAGGGGGACAAGGGAGAGAGGGGGGACGUUGGAGACCCAGGGGUGGAUGGCGAACAGGGUGACAAGGGGGAAAAGGGGGACACUGGGGACAAGGGGUAUUGCGGGGAGCCGGGGGGGAGAGGCCCGAAGGGAGAAAGAGGGGAAGGUGGGACAAAGGGAGAAAAAGGCAGCAAGGGAGAGAUGGGGGAUGAGGGCAUUCAGGGGGCUGAGGGAAAGCAGGGAGAAAAGGGUGAGCAAGGAAGUAAGGGUGACAAAGGGGACCUGGGUCCGGCUGGUGUGACGGGACCGUCUGGGCCCAAAGGGGUGGCUGGCAGCAAGGGGGGGCGAGGGGCCCCGGGGAGGAAAGGUGCCCGUGGGGCCAAGGGCGCCCGUGGGGACGCCGCGAAGCUCCUGAGAUCGGCCUUCAGCGCGGGGCUGUCCAAGCCCUUCCCUCCGCCCAACGUCCCCAUCCGAUUCGACAAGAUUCUGUACAACGACCAGGACGAUUACAACCCUGCCACCGGGAAAUUCAACUGCAGCGUGCCCGGGGCGUACGUCUUUGCCUACCACCUGACGGUGAGAGGGCGUCCGGCCCGUGUCAGCCUGGUGGCCCGCAGCAGAAAAGUGGCCAAGGCCCGCGAGACGCUCUAUGGGCAGGAGAUCGACCAGGCCUCCUUCCUGACCGUCCUCAAGCUGAGCGCGGGCGACCAGGUGUGGCUGGAGGUGGCCCGGGACUGGAAUGGGGUCUAUGUCAGCGCUGAGGAUGACAGCGUCUUCACAGGGUUUCUUCUGUACCCGGAUGUUUUUGAGGUCUUGCUAUAGAUUUAAAGGGUAAAGCUGUUACUGAGGAAUGCACCUUUCUCUCCACCCUUGAGAAGUGAUCACUGGUUUGGUGACGCGGUGGUGUAUUGGUUUAAUUCCUAGGUUUUGUGAUCUUGUUACAAAAAUGUGCUUGUCAAAUAGUGAUUAAUUUUAACUAGAAGCACCAAGAAGCAGCACAUCCUUUGUGCAGGUAGUGACAGCUGAGAGAAAGCAUUGCACUAGUGCUGGCAGGACUGGCACGGGGAUGGGGAACCAAGGGUCUUCACGUCAUGGACUUGAGGCUUGCAAUCAUCAUCAUCAUCAAAUUAUGUGACGAAGCUCAUUAGCCAACUGAAAUUUUAAUUAAGCCAGCUCCAGCAGCCCUUGCAUGACUGAAACUCCUCUGGACAUCAGUACUGGUAACCACUGGAAGGCCGUGGAUGUGCUAAAGACUGUAGAGUUUGAUUGAUAGAGCCGAAUCCAAAACAAACAUGAGCACUGAGUUCCUUCAAAUCACAUGUAAAGAUGUAAAGGUAUUAUAUCACUGAAUAAGUAUUCUGUAGUACUUUAGACUUGGUUGUGAAUGAUAUAAAAGUUUAUCUAAGAGAGCAUUGGGUCUGUUUGAUCAGCGUAAAAUAUAUCCCGAGGAAAAAACGUACUCCGAGCUUUCAAAAGUAAGCUUAGGGGAUGCUCAGACCACAUCGUCAGGCUGCUCUGAAGGCUGUGCUGCUGAGCCACUGGUGAUUCCACUAGUGCUGCUGGGAUGGCCCUGGGCUGCUGGGAUCAUCGUGGGAGGCAGCAAGGGUGGCUUUGACACUUGCACGAGUCCCGUGGUGUCGUGGGCAUGUGGACAGAGCUUUACAGCACCUCUGGGGUGUUAAAUACGGCACACAAAAUUGUUCUGAUGGCUUUUUUUUUCGGCUAGAAAUAAAGCUGAAAUCCCAUAAUUAGCAUUCAGUGGCAAUGGGAUUUGCUCAUCUUCUCAGGCAGUCGCAAGCCCAGGACGUUUCCCCAGUGAUUUGAUGAAUGCUGGGUCUGACCCCAACGCAGGCACGGCGAAUUGGGUUGCUAUUCCCACUGCUCUCAGCUUCCUGGCUUAAAUUGCCAUCAUGCUUUCCAUACGCUAUUUGAAUACCAUCAUAAAUCAUGCCCCUCGUGUCUUCUUUUCCCAUGGCGCCAAGAUGAAACGUUCCUAAGACUUCUUAUGUACUCUGAGAAAAUUAACAUGGGGGAACUGCUGUUAAAUUUUCAGAUAAAAACAAGGCAAUUUUAAAAGGCUGAUCCUAUCUACUUGGUAAACGUAAGGGGUCCUUCAAUUCAUCAGCUUCUCAGCCCUGCUUCAAUAUCAGCA